AUGACAGGGAACAUUUCAAUGGUAACAGGCGCCAGCGGCUUCAUCGCCAGCCACGUUGUUCAACAACUACUUGAAAAUGGCGACCAGGUCCACGCCACCGUUCGCAGUACCAAGAAUAAAAAGAAAAUCGGGCAUCUCCUCGACAUGCAAGAACGAUGGCCAGACAGACUACAUUUAUUCGAAGCGGAUUUGCUUGUCGCGGGCUCAUUUGAAGCUCCAAUGCAGGGUUGUUCGGUAGUAUAUCACAUCGCCUCGCCGUUUUUCAUCGAGAACAAGAUUCGCGACGGCCAGAAGGAGGUUGUUGAGCCGGCUCUGAAAGGAACGCAGAACGUACUCGAGGCAGUCGAGAAAUGCGAGACGGUCAAUCUUGUGGUUUUGACAUCGUCUGUCGCUGCUGUCUUUGGCGAUAAUGCCGAUGUGCUGGAAAUGAAGAACAUGACACUCUCUGCAGAUUAUUUCAACACUACGAGCUCCGUCACCCACAACUCAUAUCCCUACUCUAAGGUGGUCGCUGAAAAAGAGGCAUGGAAACUGUACGAAGCCCAGUCAGAACCUCGACGCUGGAAACUCGUCACCAUAAACCCGGGGCUUGUCCUUGGACCAUCCUUAUCUCCAACCUCCGAAUCCGGUAGCCUGGCUCUACUUGACCAGCUCUUACGCGGACAGCUAUUUCUGGGCGUGCCUGAUUUGUGGUUCGCGAUCGCUGAUGUACGAGACGUCGCAACUGCGCAUACUCAAGCUGCCAGUGAUCCAGAUUCUCAUGGUCGCUAUAUCUUGGCCGACAAGACAUCGCAUAGUUUUGUUGAACUCGCUCGCAUAAUACGGUCAUUCACGCACUCCUUUAUGAUUCCGAAAAAUAAACUCCCAAAUGCCUUAGUACGUAUGUCUGGGCCAGUGCUUGGUUUAAGCCAGAAGUGGCUGCGACUAAACCUUGGGAUUCCAUUCGACAUUGACAAUCGGCGGAGCGUGGAUGAAUUGGAUAUUGUUUACAGGCCUCUGGAGGAGACAUUGUUAGAUCAUUACCGGUCUUGGAAAAGUGGCCAGGCAUCCAGGCAUUAG